AGUAUAGCUGUGUGUGAAAUCGCAGCUCCAAUCUGCCUUAGGGGAUGAGAAGCUGCUCUCUGUGGAAAUAAAUCGAAGCCAGAACCCUUGGGGAGCUCAUGGGACUUGCCUGCCCACUGAGGGCCCAGCUCCCCAGAAACAGACAUACAGAGCCGAUUGUGGCAGGAAGGGCUAACCUGCGGGUGUGUAGGCCUGACUAUAAUGGGGGUUCUUGUUUACCAGCCGGGUUUGACUUCUUUCUCUCUCCCUCUGGAUUUAAAUGGCUUCUCAGACAGAGAGGCACUGCCUGUGUGUGCCCUGGAUUCAGAAGGUACACGCCUCCUUGGGAAGAGACAGCAGCUCUCUCUCUCGCUCUCUCUCCCCCUUUCUCUCUCUCUCUCUGCAUCUGCUGGGAGAGCUGCAGUUGGUAUUUUUCCACAGGCCUUUUCUGCCAUCUCAGGGCCUAGUUUUUCCCAGCCAGGCCCGGGAGUCUGAGAGAGGGUUAACAGGCAGGAAGCUGAAGGCAUCACAGACUAAUACGGAAGUCAGAUUUUUUGUUUAACUGACAGGUUUAGCAGGCCUGGGCCGUGGGGGAAGGGGCGGGAGGGGAAGGGACGUUUCUAGAUGAAGGCCUGUGGCCUGCUAGGAACACAUUUGGCUUUUCUUAGGGUAAGCUCAGAGAUUGUGUGUGUGUGUGUGUGUGCACAUGGGUGUGCUUUGGCAUCCUGGCAGAGAGGCAGAACCCAUUUUGAUUUUCCUUUGAGCACCGAGGGAGGGGAGAAGGAGGGCAAACGGCACUCUGGCCUGCUUUUUCCAGGAGGCCUUUUGACAAUGACUAGGCAGACUUGACCACUCUUCCUCUCCUCCCCCACUGCGGCCUGCUCAGCCCUGGGAAGCCAGGCCACCCCUUGCUGCUUUCUUGGGGGGGGGGGGUCCCCUCCACCUGGGCUGUCUGCUUUCCCCCAGCUCCACAAAGGCCUGCCUCUAGCCCCUCUCCUCCAGCCUCUUGGGCUGUAAUGCCUGGGAGUCCCUACCCCUCACCUAGAUCUGCCCCCUUGGAAGCCCACUCUCCCGGAUGAUCCAAGAAAGAGGCCAGCCUUUCUCUUUCCAGGAGGGCCGCUGCCGUGGGGGGCAGAGGAGGCCGUGGGGGCCCUUCCAGCCACCCCAAAAGCUCCCUUCCCCCGUGCAUCCGGGCCUGCAACUUCACAGGAACAGGUCAGGCGGGCCGCACUGGCUUGCCAGAGCCAGGAUAUCUAGGCAGAGUGUGGGUGCAGUGCGUGCGGGGGCCCCUUUCCCAGGUUUUUCUUGCUGCAGAAGGCCUAGCUUAGCCUGUCUUUUUCUAUGCACAGGAUGGCUCUUGCUCACCGAGCCUUACAAAGAUAAUCGCUCAGGAAGUGUUUCAGCCAAUCCGGAGCGGCUUUACACUCCGAUUUGCCGGGUCAGCCAAUCGGGGAUGAGCUCUUAUUAGGCGGCCAGAUCAUCAGCCGAAGUGCCAAACCCUUUUUCUGUGAGAACUGGGAGCCUGUCCUCCAUGUUUUAUAAGUAUUGACAUUACACAGUGUUAGCAAUGCAUCCACAGAGGUAAGCUCGGCUUUUUAACCAUCUUUUCCCCCCUCCCUCUGAGACAUCGAGUUGUGGGCUAGCAGUGUGAUUUCUCUGUGGCUGGCCGUGCCACACAUUCACCCACAGAGCACUUAGUUAGGUUAACUUGGAACUGCUUAGAGAGAGAGAGAGAGAGAGAGAGAGAGAGAGAAAAUUUUUUUUUUGGCUUUCUUGGUCACAUGGCUAAAGUAGCCAUUAGCCAUAGUUUGAUUCUGAUUCUACAAACUAGUCAGGGCCUGGUACACCUUUUUCUCUGCCACCAGGAUAUGGUGUUUCUGGAAUAAUUUGAAGCUAGAUCCUGACCUGGGAUUCUCCUAAGCUGGUCUCCAUCUUGCAGUGGGGUUUCAGUCCUGAGGCUGCCUUUUCCGAGUCGUCUCUUUGCCUUGUCGCGGGCCCAGACCACGGAACACAGACAGGACAUUGUUCUCCAGCCUUCUCCCUGUCCUGCCUCUCAGUCUUCCAAAUGGAAAAUUCCAGCCAUAUCAAUUGCUUGGCCGAGGAGGAAAUAAAAACAGAACCGGAGGUGGUGGUGGAAGGCAUGGAUGUCUCCACGCGAUCUAAAGGGGCGCCGUGUCUUUCAGAACCUGGCUGUAUGGAGAGGACGGCCCAGAAGCGCAAGUUUCCCAGCCCGCCACACUCCUCCAACUCCAACGGCCACUCGCCGCAGGACCCCUCAGCCGCCGCCACCAGCCCCGUUAAAAAGAAAAAGAAACCCGGCUUGCUCAACAGUAACAAUAAGGAGCAGUCAGAACUAAGACAUGGUCCGUUUUACUAUAUGAAGCAGCCACUCACCACAGACCCUGUUGAUGUUGUACCGCAGGAUGGACGGAAUGAUUUCUACUGCUGGGUCUGUCACCGGGAAGGCCAAGUCCUUUGCUGUGAGCUCUGUCCCCGGGUUUAUCACGCUAAGUGUCUGAGACUGACAUCGGAGCCAGAGGGGGACUGGUUUUGUCCUGAAUGUGAGAAGAUUACAGUAGCAGAGUGCAUCGAGACCCAAAGCAAAGCCAUGACAAUGCUCACCAUUGAACAACUGUCCUACCUGCUCAAGUUUGCCAUUCAGAAAAUGAAGCAGCCCGGGACAGAUGCCUUCCAGAAGCCUGUGCCGCUAGAGCAGCAUCCUGACUAUGCGGAAUACAUUUUCCACCCCAUGGACCUCUGCACAUUGGAAAAGAAUGCGAAGAAGAAAAUGUAUGGCUGCACCGAGGCCUUCCUGGCCGACGCCAAGUGGAUUUUACACAACUGCAUCAUUUAUAAUGGCGGAAAUCACAAGUUGACGCAAAUAGCGAAAGUCGUCAUCAAAAUCUGUGAGCAUGAGAUGAAUGAGAUCGAAGUAUGUCCAGAAUGCUAUCUAGCUGCUUGCCAGAAACGAGACAACUGGUUUUGUGAGCCUUGUAGUAAUCCACACCCAUUGGUGUGGGCAAAACUGAAGGGGUUUCCGUUCUGGCCCGCAAAAGCUCUGCGAGAUAAAGAUGGACAGGUGGACGCCCGAUUCUUUGGACAGCAUGACAGGGCCUGGGUUCCAAUAAAUAAUUGCUACCUCAUGUCUAAAGAAAUUCCUUUUUCUGUGAAAAAGACUAAAAGCAUCUUCAACAGCGCCAUGCAGGAGAUGGAGGUUUACGUGGACAAUAUCCGCCGGAAGUUCGGGGUCUUUAAUUACUCUCCGUUCAGGACACCCUACACGCCCAACAGCCAGUACCAAAUGCUGCUGGACCCCAGCAACCCCAGCGCGGGCACCGCCAAGCUCGACAAGCAGGAGAAGGUCAAGCUCAACUUCGACAUGACAGCCUCGCCCAAGAUCCUGAUGGGCAAGGCCAUGCUGAGCGGGACCACGGGCCGCCGCAUCUCCCUGUCGGACAUGCCCAGGUCCCCGAUGAGCACGAACUCCUCGGUGCACACGGGCUCUGACGUGGAGCCGGACGCCGACAAGAAGGCCACGUCCAGCCACUUCAGCGCCAGUGAGGAGUCCAUGGACUUCCUUGACAAGAGCACAGCUUCUCCAACGUCCACGAAGGCCGGCCAAGCGGGGAGCCUGUCCGGGAGCCCGAAACCUUUCUCUCCCCAAGCCUCGGCGUCCGUGGCGACGAAGGUGGAAAGGCCUUGCACCACCGGCAGCAUCCUGAACCUCAACCUGGAUCGCAGCAAAGCGGAGAUGGACCUGAAGGAGCUGAGCGAGGCGGUGCAGCAGGCGGCCCCCGUCCCGCUCAUCUCGCCCAAGCGGCAGAUCCGAAGCCGCUUCCAGCUGAACCUGGACAAGACCAUCGAGAGCUGCAAGGCGCAGCUGGGCAUCCACGAGAUCUCGGAGGACGUCUACACCGCCGUGGAGCCCAGCGACUCGGAGGACUCGGAGAAGUCGGACAGCAGCGACAGUGAAUACCUCAGCGAGGACGACCCCAAGUCCAAGCCGGAGCCCGGGGAGCAAGAGGACAAGGAAGGGAGCCCGCCCGACAGGGAGCUGGCCGCGGCCAAGAAGAAGCCCAAAGCCCCCAACCCCGUGGAGGUCAAGGAGGAGGCGAAGAGCGCCUCGCCGCCGGGCGAGAAAGCAGAGGCGGCGCCGCCGAAGGACAAGGCCAGCCCCGAGUCCCCCACGGACCUGGCGGACAAAGCCAAACCCUCGCCUGCGCCCGCCAAGGAGAAGCUGAAGGGCAAGGAAGAGACGGACUCCCCGACGCUGCACCUGGGCCUGGACUCCGACUCCGAGAGCGAGCUUGUCAUAGACCUGGGAGAUGACCAUGCCGGGCGGGAGGGUCGCAAAAACAAGAAGGAGCCCAAGGAGCCCUCCCCCAAGCAGGACGGUGGGGGGAAAGCGCCCCCGUCCACGACGGCCGGUAGCCAGUCUCCCCCCGACACGCCGGUGCUCACCCGCUCUGCGACCCAGGCCCCUGCGGCCGGGGUCCCCGCCAGUACCACGAGCAGCAGCAGCAGCAGCAGCAGCAGCAGCAGCAGCAACAACAACAGCAGCAACAGCACCACCACCAGCAGCAGCAACAGCAGCACCAGCACGUCCAGUGUCACGGUGCCAGCGCCGGCCACCUCGGCGGUCACGGGAAGCCCGGUGAAAAAGCAGAGGCCCCUGCUGCCGAAGGAGACCGCCCCGGCCGUGCAGCGGGUCGUGUGGAACGCCUCAAGUAAGUUUCAAACGUCCUCCCCAAAGUGGCACAUUCAGAAGAUGCAGCGCCAGCCGCCGCCGCCGCCUCCGCCGCCGCAGCCCGCGCAGGGGACCAGAUAUCAGACCAGACAGGCCGUGAAAGCUGUGCAGCAGAAGGAAGUCACGCAGAGCCCGUCCACGUCCACCAUCACCCUGGUGACCAGCACACAGCCCUCGUCCCUGGUCAGCGGUUCGGGUUCCGCCAGCUCCCUGGCCACCGCCAUCAGCGCCGACCUGCCCAUCGCCACCGCCUCCGCCGACGUCGCCGCCGACAUCGCCAAGUACACGAGCAAGAUGAUGGACGCGAUUAAAGGAACGAUGACAGAGAUUUACAACGAUCUUUCCAAAAACACUACCGGCAGCACCCUCGCCGAGAUCCGCAGGCUGAGGAUCGAGAUCGAGAAGCUCCAGUGGCUGCACCAGCAGGAACUCUCAGAGAUGAAGCACAACCUGGAGCUGACCAUGGCUGAGAUGCGGCAGAGCCUGGAGCAGGAGCGGGACCGGCUGAUCGCUGAGGUGAAGAAGCAGCUGGAGCUGGAGAAGCAGCAGGCGGUGGACGAGACCAAGAAGAAGCAGUGGUGUGCCAAUUGCAAGAAGGAGGCCAUCUUCUAUUGCUGCUGGAACACCAGCUACUGCGACUACCCCUGCCAGCAGGCACACUGGCCCGAGCACAUGAAGUCCUGCACCCAGUCAGCCACCGCCCCACAGCCAGAGGCCGAGGCCGAAGCGAGCAGCGACGCAGGAGCCAAGUCCUCCCAGGGCGGCUCCGCCAGCGCCCAGUCCCAGGCGACACCUGCAGAGCCGGCCAGCGCCUCCAAGGAGAAGGAGGCGUCGGCCGAGAAGAGCAAGGACAGCGGCUCGACCCUGGACCUUUCCGGCUCGAGAGAGACGCCCUCCUCCAUUCUCCUGGGCGCCAGCCAGGGCUCUGUGAGCAAAAGGUGUGACAAGCCAGCCACCUGCGCCCCAACCUCCACCGACCGCCAGCCGCACCCCACCUACCCAGCCCACAAGUAUCACUCCCGGAGCAGCAAGAGCGGGACCCGGAGCGGCGGCGGCGGCGGCGGCGGCGAGGAGAAGCGCAGCUCCACGCGGGCGGAGCACGGCGCCGGCGCCAAGAGCCUCCUGGCCAAGGAGACGCGGCUGGACCCCUUCUGGGACUAGGGCGCCCCGGGACGGUGGCUGCCCUCGGCGGCCCCGCGCCGCGCUGUACACGUGUACACUUGUGGAUAGCCCCUAGAGCGCCUGCCCCUUUAUAUUUCUAUGGACGUUUAACUUAUGAAAAAAAAUGACAAAGCAAAAACAACAUACGACGAAAAACCCUACGGCCACCGGGGACCCCCGGCCCGGGGCAGGUGGCGGGGGGGGGGGGGGGAUGGCCGUGACCGCUCCCCAGAGGCGAGCCCCUGCCACGGCGGGGUCCGGAGGUCCAGGCCGGCCGUGCACGCGGGGCUCCACUCCGAAGCCAUUCCCCGCCCCCCCCCACGCCAGAGGCCGCGCGUGAGUGAUUCGUGGGAUUCCUCCUCAAAGGGAAACCAGUACCCUUGUUUACAAAAAGAUCUGUGGGAAGCACCCUGCGCGGCCCACGGACUCGGCUUUGCCCCGUGAUUCUCCCUCCCCGUGGGAGCCGGGUCGCGGCCGGCGCACGUCCCGUGUUAUUUAUGACCGCGUGAGCGCCGCGUGUUGAGGGAAGCACGAAGCCCAGCCGUGGGCAAGGAACCCGGGCCUGUUCCACGCACGCGCGCGGUCUGCCAUCACGCCACGGACGCGCGCGGGAGGCGAUCUGUGUAUAUGAGAACAUUAACUGUACGAUAUCAUUCCAGUACAUUCUGUUGUACAUUUUAGUCUUGUUUACUUUCCAUUGUCGAUAAGAGGAUGCGAACUGUACAGUUUCCAGCUAGUCUCCCCCCCCCCCACUACCCCCCAUUAGAAAAAAAGAAGAUACUAGAAGAAAACCAGAGACGGAGCGAGCGACAGGGAGAGAACAGUUGUGAAUUGCAGUUGUCAAAACAAAAACUAGCCUAGCUGGCCUUAUUUGUGAGGCAUAAUUGCUUUUAGCAUAUGGAAGUAUUUUUUCAUAUUUUCUUUGUAUAAAAUUUGUAUUAAACUUAAAUAUCUUUUUUGA